AGCACGAGGAACGUCCACGUGUCGUAGACGGAAUCUCGUUUAGUAAAAAGCGCAGCAGAAAAAAAGUCGAGAGUGGAGAGAAAUCAGAGAAGAAGAAGACGAGAAGUAGUAGGCAGAAGAAGAAGACGACUAAGAAAUUAUCGGUUUGCUUCGAUGGCGAUGACAGUAGCAGCUUCGUCCUCUGUGGCGGUGAUGAUUACACGAGUACCCGCCGUCUCCGCCCGCUGCUCCGCCGUUCCUUACCUUCCUCCGCUUCCUCCUCGCUCUUUUGGCCGAUCCUCUCUCACUGUUCCGCUGAAGCUUGUUGCAGGGAAUGGUUUGCAGAAGGUUGAAUUGAUGAAGACGAGAGCUUCUUCAUCAGAAGAGACCUCAACGUCCAUUGACACUAACGAACUCAUCACAGACUUGAAGGAAAAGUGGGAUGGUCUUGAGAACAAGUCGACAGUUCUUAUUUAUGGAGGAGGAGCCAUUGUUGCUGUUUGGUUAUCUUCCAUUGUUGUUGGUGCCAUAAACUCUGUUCCUCUGCUUCCGAAAGUUAUGGAACUUGUCGGUCUCGGGUACACAGGAUGGUUCGUCUACAGAUACCUUCUCUUCAAGUCAAGCAGAAAGGAAUUGGCUGAGGACAUUGAUUCCUUGAAGAAGAAGAUCGCAGGGACCGAAUAGAUUCAUUGCAAAAACAAAACAAAAACCAGUUUACUUUAUGAGGUUUUCCUGUAAGAUGAUUAUUAUACAAUUUCUCUGUUUCAACAAUAUAUCUUCUGCUGUCUGAAACUAUUUAUCUUAGA